AUGGCACCGCCGCACUUCCGCUCGGAGCAGAGCAAGCGCCACUGGUACUGCAAGAGCUGUGUCGGGCCCAAGGGCCUCCCGUGGUUCAACUACGCCGACGCGACGUCCUGCACCAUGUGCAAGCUGGGCAAAGGGCUCUGCUUCAAAGAGUACCGCGCCCCCUCGUCGCCCUCGCUGCGCAGGCCUGGGAGGUCUUUCUCGGCAUGGGCAGACUCCGUGCAGGUGCAGAAGCUCAAGCAGGAGUUGGCUUCGACCCAGGCGAAGCUCAAGCGGCUGGACGGCAAGUGCCCCGCCCCGGAAGAGACGGACGCACCCAGCGGCAGCGAUCGGGACAAGCAGCGGCUGCAGGUCCUGGCCGAGUUGCUCAAGACCGUCAGCGGCAGUGAGGACGUCCAUCCCGUGCGGGCCAAGGAGGCUUACACCAAGGAGCAGGGCGAGCUCAAGGCCAAGUUGGCAGCCGCGCGGCCGAUGGGCCAAGGGCUGCGAGACCUUGGGGCCCAGAUCUCCAAGCACCAGAAGCUGCAGGACGACCAGCAGCGGGGGCUCGCUGGCAUCCAUGAGAAGCUCGCGGUCUUGCAGGAGCAGGAGAAGGCCCCCGUGACACCAGCCUUCGAGGCUGGGAAGGGACCGAUUGACGAGCCGAUCAAAGGGCUGGGCCAGACUCUUUCAGGCCUUGGCGAGGUGCUGGGCGUCCUCGGCGCCGAGCGCAGCCUGGCGGAAAGGCUCAAGGAGGACCUUGAACGGCUCAAGCAGGUGGCGGAGGAGGCGCGCACCAAGCAGCAGGAGGAGCGAGAGGCCAACGCCGCAGCCGAGGCGGAGCGGCAGCGGGCCGAAGGCGCGGCAGAGGUGCCAGUACCCAUGGACCAGGAUGAGGACGCCGCCCCCAGCGAGGAGCUCAUCGAGGAGAUGGCCAACGCUGGCGGCGACAAGAGGAAGAUCGAAGAGAUCCUGGCCAAGCACUGGCUGUUUUGGGUUUUGUGCUCCAUCGUCUGCACCGUGGCUAAGCCCACUGGCAUCACCACACUCAACGUCUCGGCAGGUGGCCCGCUCGUCGACUACCUGGCCUCAUCCUCCAGCAUGUGCAUCGCCGCGCAGGAGCACCGCGCGCUGCCCGCGGGCCUGGCCAAGGCCCAGCAGGACGCCCCGGCCGAGGGCUUCCACGGUGUCUGGGAGGCAGCGCUCCCAGGGCUCGGUGCUGGUAGCAAAGGCGGAGUCGCCGUGCUUGUGCCUCGGCGCGCGCUCAUCACGGCGCCUCCAGCCCUGGAAGGGCCAAGGCCAGAGCCAGGGAGGAUGGUGGCCGCCCAUGCCAACUGCGGCGGCAAGCGAGGCUUCGCCAUGAUCUCCGUGUACUUGAGAGUUGACGAGCAGAUGUCGCAUGCGAACCUGGCCAUUCUCUUUAGGCUCUAUCAGUAUCUCAAGGUGCUGGACUCGGUGCAGAUGCCGUGGGUUGUGGGAGGAGACUUCAACAUGGAGCUGAAGCAGUUGGGCACGUUAGCGUGGCCCCACUCCGUCAAUGGUGUCGCGCUGGCGCCCUCGGCGCCCACCUGCCUGCAGUCGCUCCCAGGCCGCACCAUUGACUUCUUCUUCGCGGCAGCACAGCUGGUUCCCAGGUUGAGCACUGCGUCUGUGGAGGAGGCCAACACCUGGCCUCACUUGCCCGCCACUAUGCAGCUCAGAGCAUCGGCCCAGGUCCUGUGGACACGGCAGCUCGAGCAGGCCAAGGGAUUCACCAAGGAGACCAAGGUCGGUUGUGCCAGGCCCCCGCCUGACUGGGACCCCUUCAAGGAGCUUGUGUCGCAGGCCCAGUCCGCGGAGGACUUGGCUGAGGUUUGGGAUCAGUUGCUGCUGGGCGUGGAGUUCGAGCUGCAAGGGAGGCACGACGUCGUCGGACCCUACGCCGCCAGGUUUCUGUCGCAGCCGAUGGCACCGUCCUUCAAGUGGGCCAAGUUCGAGCACGACGAGCGUGAGUCCUGA